AUGGUUCACUUCACAGCUGAAGAGAAAGCCGCUAUCACAAGCAUAUGGGAAAAAGUGGAUGUGGAAAAGGCUGGAGGAGAAACCCUGGGAAGGCUCCUGAUUGUCUACCCAUGGACUCAGAGAUUCUUUGACAAGUUUGGAAACCUCUCUUCUGCCCAAGCCGUCAUGGGUAACCCCAGAAUCAGAGCCCAUGGCAAGAAAGUGCUGACAUCCCUAGGCUUGGCGGUUAAGAACAUGGACAACCUCAAGGAGGUCUUUGCUCAUCUGAGUGAGCUGCACUGUGACAAGCUUCAUGUGGACCCUGAGAACUUCAAGCUCCUGGGAAACACGCUGGUGAUUGUUCUCUCUUCUUACUUUGGCAAAGAAUUCACGGCCGAGGUGCAGGCUGCCUGGCAGAAGUUGAUGGCAGGAGUAGCCAAUGCUCUAGCCCACAAGUAUCACUGA